GAAGGCGGUGGGCGCAGCUUUGGACCGUUAAUUGGCGUUUCCGCCUUUCGCUCCCCUUCGCUUCAACCUUUGUUCCUCGUUCUCCCCGGCCAUGGGAAUGCGGUCUAGUCAAACAUCACAAUUUCUUUGAUUUUGCCAGUUACCCUCCCCUCUCUUUGCUCGAUAAGGCGCUCUAAUUUCUGGAUCUAAAUUCCAAGUAUUUGGAGCCCUUUCCUUGUCUUUAGCCCUUCUUAGACUACAUCUUCAUCUAACAUCGACAUUCAAACCGAGAAAUCGCCGUGCUCAAGGCAUAUAUUUCCUAUUUUCCUUUCGAGUGAAGUUGACGGGUGCUCCCUCCCAUAAACCGUCAUCCAGAAUGACCUCCUUAGCCCCUCUGGACCCGAUCAAUGUCAACGGGUCAGAUCGUGGCAAGAAAGUCGCAUAUUUCUACGACUCCGAUGUGGGUAACUAUGCCUACGUCUCGGGUCACCCAAUGAAGCCUCAUCGCAUAAGGAUGACGCAUAGCUUGGUCAUGAAUUAUGGCCUCUAUAAAAAAAUGGAAAUUUAUCGCGCAAAACCAGCAUCGAAAUACGAGAUGACCCAAUUCCACACGGAUGAAUAUAUCGACUUCCUUUCCAAAGUAACGCCGGAUAAUAUGGACUCUUUUGCUAAGGAGCAAAGCAAGUAUAACGUCGGUGAUGAUUGUCCUGUUUUCGACGGUCUGUUUGAAUUCUGCGGAAUCAGCGCGGGAGGUAGUAUGGAGGGCGCAGCGCGACUUAAUCGUAAUAAAUGCGACAUUGCUGUCAAUUGGGCUGGUGGUCUUCACCAUGCGAAGAAGAGUGAAGCAAGUGGUUUCUGCUACGUAAAUGAUAUUGUCCUAGGUAUUCUCGAAUUGUUGCGCUUCAAGCAACGAGUGCUGUACGUCGACAUUGAUGUCCAUCAUGGCGACGGCGUUGAAGAAGCUUUCUACACUACAGAUCGAGUUAUGACUGUCUCUUUCCACAAGUACGGCGAGUACUUUCCCGGAACUGGCGAGCUCCGCGAUAUAGGUGUAGGCCAAGGUAAAUACUACGCUGUCAACUUCCCGCUUCGCGACGGUAUCGACGAUGUCUCUUAUAAGAGUAUCUUUGAGCCUGUCAUCAAGAGCGUCAUGGAAUGGUAUCGGCCAGAAGCUGUGGUUCUUCAGUGUGGUGGAGACAGUCUCUCGGGCGAUCGUUUGGGAUGCUUCAACCUUAGUAUGAGAGGUCAUGCCAACUGUGUCAACUUCAUCAAGAGCUUCAAUCUUCCCACCUUGAUUCUUGGCGGAGGAGGUUACACGAUGCGCAACGUUGCACGAACCUGGGCGUUUGAAACCGGUAUUCUUGUUGGGGAUCCUCUGGGAUCCGACCUUCCAUAUAAUGAUUACUAUGAAUACUUUGCUCCGGAUUAUGAGUUGGAUGUGCGGCCAUCGAAUAUGGAUAACGCCAAUACGAAAGAAUAUCUUGACAAGAUUCGCGUGCAAGUGGUCGAGAAUCUUAAGCGAACUUCUUUUGCUCCCUCUGUACAGAUGACAGACGUACCGCGCGAUCCUCUUGUAGAAGGCAUGGAUGAUGAAGCGGACGCGAUUCUGGACGACCUGGAUGAGGAUGAGAAUAAGGACAAGCGCUUCACCAAGCGGCGAUUCGACCAAUAUGUUGAGAAGCCAGGUGAACUUAGUGACAGCGAAGACGAAGAAGAGAAUGCGGCCAACGGAAUCCGUCGCCAACCUAACGCUUUGAAACGCAGGGACCACGUCAAUUACCGGAAUCUUGAUGUCGACUCUGGACUAGAGAGCGGGAUUGCUACCCCUGCAGAGGCUUCUUCGGUGCCUGACGAUGACAUGGAUACUACCGCCGAUGCGAAGAUGGGCGAUGCCCCACUGACUGAAACUGAGGCGCCCGCAACCCCGUCCAUUGCUGAGGCACCAUCAAGGGCUGAAGAGGCAUCAGCAACAGAACAGACGGAAAUGGCCAUUGAUGGUCAAGAGCAAACCGCCCUUUCUGCACCCAUAUCUCGCCAGCCAUCUCCCAAGGCACAGGAUGAGGAUACCGCCAUGGAAGAUGCAGACGAGGCAGCGCCUGAGACGGAGCAGCAAGAGCAACCUGUAGUGCCAAGUGAGGCACAAGUGGAAGAGAAGCAGCCUGCCGAAGAACCGCUGGCUACGGACAAACCUGCAAUGCAACCGUCCUCUCCAGCCAGAGCACAAUCUCCUCGGAAGGAGUCCACGGAGGAGCCGAAAAAGGCAGAGGCGGGUGAGACAGCAGAAACGGUUGAAACAAACGAGUCCAACGACAAGGGUUCAGAAGCUCCUAAGGAUGAGCCUGAGCCGACCAAGGCGGACCAGGAAUCAUCUAAGGAAGCAAAGGAACCCAACAAUGAGCCUCAGGGGGAGCCUACCAAGAGUGAAGCAUAGUCUUCGCUUUGUAGAAGCGUUUUGUUUAGGUUCCGGGCGCAAGGGCUGGCAAUAUGGUGUUUAGGUUAUUGCAUCCAUGAAGGAGGGUAUUUUGCUAUGUCUCAUGUCUUUUCCACGUUGGUUCACCAUAUCACUUUCUCAUUUUGUAGUUUGAGCAAUCCUUUUUUUUAAUACAUGUAUCAUGCACCAUGCAUAUAUUGGCUAAGUCUCUAAAAAUCAAAUGGAUACAUAUUUUAUCAAAA